UGACCACAGGAAGACUCUGAACCACAGCUUUUGCUGCAGGAGGGGGGAGACGCUGGUCCCAAUCCGACAAAUCAAAUGAACCUGAGUCUAUGUCAAGACCCUGCAUCAGAGACCUAUAGCCGCAAAGCAUUUGAAAUGAACAACCAUGGAAAAUGAUGGAUCUGGAGAAAACACUGAUGAGCUGCUCUCUGCAGAUGUGGAUGAGGGUGUUGAUGUUUAUGGGCUUAUACCCAUGGCAUUGUCCCAUGACCACUGCGAUGUACUACUGGACACAAUAGAUGCACAGCUGAGUCAUCUACAGUUCCACAGCCAAAACCAAAUGCAUGCCGGAAACUCCAAGAGAUAUAAAUUUCCUUUCUCAGCCUAUCUUGAUCGGAGUCAGUCUGUUAGUAAAGACACAGGCUUGGGAAGCACCGUUCCAACCAAUGAUAAAACACCAUCCAACCCUGACUGGACUCCUUUAGGAGGCAAAGAUGACCAAACGGAACAUCAGACAAUGGAGAUUAUGAAGGUUGGAGCCUCAGUUCCAGAUGUGUGGCGUCCUGAGGGAGAUGGCAGCUUGAGCUCAGCGUCCAGGGUAGAGCAGUGUCGUUGGAGGCUGGAGAGGCUUCUUGGGAGAAGUGCUGAGGUUACAGGGAUAGGAAACGAGGAGGAUGAAUUCACUAUGGACAGCGUCUGCACUGAGGACUUCUCAGCACGCUUCAGAGAGGAAAUGCUGGUCCUGCCAGCCUCAGCCCCAGGUGCUCCCAUUAACACUGCAGAACUCACUGAGGAACGAUCGGAAAAUCAAUCACAGCAUUCAUCCAGAACACCAGUAAGACACCUGGCAGGAAUGCCCAUGCAGAGUUUUGAUUCAGUCACCAUAGAUACUGAUCUGGACACAGUGUGCUCAGAACAGGUUCGACAGCACCUGAAGUCUGCACUCAGCAACAGGACAGUCACACACUUUGCAGAAUAUGCUGACAGAGUAAACUCUGACCAGGAAUAUAAUCCAAAAUAUGCCUUACAUCUGAGCAAAGAAAAUGGAUUCUGUACAGGAAAAACCAUCCAAAACAAUAUUCAGUCCUUCAGCUCUGAUGAUGAGAGAACUGUUGAGGAGACGAGCAGUGAAGGUGCUGUGUCUAAACUUUACUACAGAAGCAGGAGACAUUCAUCUGGCAAGAAGGGGAAGAGGAGGAGUUUGUACCAGAGCAGAAGGAAUGACUUCCACAUUAGUACAGAAAGGGCCCGGGACAAGAGCAGAAUAGAUGGAGAUCAACUCAAAGAGCUGAGGAUGUCACUUACUCAGCUUCAACAACAAAAAACAGCUACACUUCAUACUCUGGACAAGCUGAGAGAGGAAAUGGAUCAAGCUAAGAGAGAGCAGCUUUCUCUACAGCUCAGUGUGAGGGACAGCAGAGCACAGGCCCAGAACAUCACGUGUGAGCUACACAGACUGCAGGCCCAGAGGGACUUAUGUUUGGAGGAGGUCAGGGUUCUGCAGGAACAACAGUGUGUAAGCCGCAGUGUUUCUGUUCUGGAAAUGGAGGAGAUGGACAGACUAUUGGAUAAUGCUAAAUCUGACCUGUUCUCAGAACAGAGGCGUUUCAGACACACACUAGACUCUAUGCAGGAGAGGCUGGAUGAGGUGAAUCAGGAGCUGGAGCAGAAGGAGGAGGACUGCGGGGCUCUCAGACAGAAAUGCAGUGAGCUAGAGGAGCAGCUGGCUGAUACGAUCAGAGAAAAAGAACAAAUAAAAGAGUCUACCCAGAAAGAUCUAGAGCAGCAAGUGAAGUGUUUUGGAGCGCUGGAGCGAAUUGUUGCCCAGAAGGAGCUUCUUUUGCAGGGGGCCGAAGAAGCAAAGGAAGCCCUUCUUCUGGAGCUCUGUUCACUGAGAGAGGAGCACAGCUUAAAGCUGAGAGAAAUACAGAACAGGACAAAAAAAGAUAUGGAGGAAGAGAUUGAGCAACUGAAAUUACAGUUAACCAAAAGCCACAAAGAGGAGCUUCAAAAGGUACGUCAGCAGGCGGAUGAGUUGAGAUCAGCUGCUCUCAGUGAACAAGCUCAGACCCACAAACAAAGCCUGGACUCCUUACACAACUACAUCCAGGUGAAAGAUGAGGAGGUAAAGAGGUUAAAAGAGGCUCUAGAGCAACAUGAAGAGAAGAUGAGGAGGCAAGCAGAGGAACUCAGAAGACAAACUCAGGAAAAGAUUCAAAAGGCUGUGAAGCGAGAGGAAAGGAAGUGGGAGGAACAGCGAGAGAAGGCUCUGAAAGAGCAGCGUGGGACUCUGGAGCAGCAGAUAGAGGAGGCAGUGAAGAGAGGGAGAGCAGAAGUAGAAAAAGAGAGAAGGAACACACUGGCCUUACAGAGUAAAGUAACUGAGCUUCAGAGAGAGGCAGAGAAGGAGGCGGUACGUCUGAAAAAAACUUUACAGCGCUCUGAAAAGGAGCUUCAGGAGCUGAGGACAGCCGUCACCGAGAAAGACCAAAAACACCAGAGAAGAGCAGCCAGACAUGAGCAGCAGAGCAGACGCUGGGCGCAGGACAUACAAGCUGAGUGCGUUUGCCUGCAGGAGUUGCUUAAACACAAUGGCCUGACUGUUGAAAACAAGCACUCAUCAGAGAGUCCUAUAGUGAGUGAAACUCUUCAGACCCUGCAGUCCCUCACAAAGGCCCUACAACAGCUUAUUAAUGAUCUAAAAAAUGAGCUCAACUCACAGAGACGUGCUGCACUGCAACUCAGCCGAGAAAAGGAGCAAGAGCUAAAUCUGCAGAAACAGCAGUUGAUGCAAGAAAGGGAACAAGCACUGGCUGCUCUAAAAGAGAAACUCAUACAGGAGCACAUAGAGGAAAUGAGCAGCCUAUCUCGAGCCCAGCUGCACAUGAACAAUGAUGAUACAGACAGACUGUGUGUCCAUCUGCGCAGGCAGCUGCGGGCUAAAGAUGAUGAGCUCAGACAGGUGCAGAACAAUAUGGCACAGUGGAAAGACAAAGCCACUACAAGACUCGCACACAAAUUUGAGCUGGAGCUUAAUGCAGAGCUGGAGAGGAGGGUUCCAAAGUCCAGAGCAGAGCAGCAGAAGAGAUUGGAGAGACUGGAGAAUGAAAUGAGACAUCUGACUGGGCAGUGCCAAGACUACAACGAAUCCCAGUUGGCCUCUACUGCUCUUCAGGGUGGCACAGACUUCCAAAACUCCAGAGUCACCCAAGACCUGACCUCAUAUAAACUGCUGCGGCACCUCCAGAGUCGCAUCCGCCAGCUCCAAGCAGAGAGCCAGAGAGACUGCCCCAGCCCAGUGAAGUGGAACAGGGAUCCCAGGGACUUGGGCGGCUCUUAUUUGGACACGAUUGCUCCAGCUAAGGAAAGCUAUAAGACAGAGGAUCACUUACCAGCAAAGACCAUUUCCAGUUAACAGUUACCUUCAACUUAAUCCAAGAAUUUGUCCAUUAAAUUGUUGAUUUUAUAGGGAAACCAUGUAUAAGAAAAUAACUUAAUACCACCUCUGUGGAGCUCAUAAGCAAUGUUCAUGGUCUGGAUGGACAGAACUUAGCACUUUAUUGUAGGUGAAUGUUUAAUUCAGGUGUGUUAAAAAUCAAAGGAUGAAGUUUGAUAUGAAAUGAACAGAAUUCUGCUUGAGUUUACUACGAAAUAAUAAUAAUGAUAAUGAUUUUUUUUUUUUAUAUAACUAAUUAUUGUAAUUGAUCAACAUUCCUGAAAUCAACGACAAUUCAUGAUGUUGUAUGAAUGUUUUUUCUGCAUAAAUGAAAUGUUACAAGCAGAGAAUCGUGUCAAACUGAUUUUAUUGAAAAACAAGUUUGCCUUUGUCAGUGUGAUACGGUCAAUAUUUACAAAUUGUAUAUUUUGACAUCUGCCAAAAUGUAUAAAUCUCAAAAA